AUGUCUAUUAUGUCGUAUAACGGAGGGGCUGUGAUGGCCAUGAGGGGGAAGAACUGUGUAGCCAUCGCAGCAGACCGGAGGUUUGGGAUCCAGGCGCAGAUGGUCACCACAGACUUCCAGAAAGUCUUUCCAAUGGGAGACAAACUGUUUAUUGGGCUGGCGGGACUAGCCACAGAUGUACAGACAGUAUCCCAGAGGCUUAAAUUCAGACUGAACCUGUACGAGCUGAAGGAAGGUCGUCCAAUCAAGCCGAAGACUUUCAUGAGCAUGGUGUCAAACCUCUUGUACGAAAGGCGGUUUGGUCCAUACUUCAUCGAGCCGGUGAUCGCAGGACUCGACCCAAAGACCUCUGAGCCGUUCAUCUGCUCCCUGGAUCUGAUUGGCUGCCCCAUGAUCACCGAGGACUUUGUGGUGAGCGGGACCUGCGCCGAGCAAAUGUACGGCAUGUGCGAGUCACUGUGGGAGCCAGACAUGGAACCAGAGGACUUGUUCGAGACCAUCUCCCAGGCCAUGCUCAACGCUGUGGACAGAGAUGCUAUUUCUGGAAUGGGGGUAGUGGUUCACGUCAUUGAGAAAGAUAAGAUUACGACCAAAACUCUCAAAGCCAGAAUGGACUAG